AUGUGGCGUGAAGGAGAGCGUUUCCGACGAACUAGAGAAGGCGAUUUCUCUGACCCGUUAAGUGCUUCACCGACCAGCGACUCAACGCACAUAAAUAUCGGCAAGAUCAGUCUCGGCCGUUUAUCGCUUUUAGGAACUCGAGAUCGGAGCAGACAUCGAUCCGAUUCCUUCACCGCCAGCAUCCCUAUCACCACUUGUCUCUCCAGUCGAUCCCAGGAAUCUCAGCAAUCCCCAACAGCAGCUACAACUGCAGCUCAGCUGAAACGCCGUCCAUUGACACAAGGAAGCGUCGUUCCUCCACCAAACACCAUCAAGCACUCGAUCAUCAAGUUCUUCGGCAAACUCUUCACCUUCAAGCUUACAUUCCGUUCCAUCUCGUCCAAAAGCUUCUGCUCGUUCAACUGA